GGAGUGGGGAAUGUGUGGACAAGUGCGGCCAAGAGCGCUAGGGAUGAUAAUCUGUGAACAAAGAUCCCGGCGUUGAUUUUGAAGUGAUUGACUGGCAAUAAUCCCGUGUUCUCCGUAGUGAUGUGGCAUUAAGCACCUCGUGUGAUCCGUGGCCAGCAACAGGCAUGACGAAUCCCGUGACGUACAACCUGCGAGAAGAAUGCUGCAUCGGUCUCCUUGCGAGAAAUCUGUUGGAAAAACAACGUUUAAUCCGGCGCCGAGGGCAGUAACAUCCUGUUCUACUGCACACCAUCGGUAUCGGAACGGCUGCACCAUUCCGAGCGCUAUCCUUCAGCCCGCAGUGAUAAGCACCCGAACCCGAAUCUCACAAACCGCCGGGCCUGUCGUAGCGCAACCUUUGCACCGGACGGCUAGCAUAAGCACUGUUUCGACGUUAUCGUAAUUCGUUCCAAAAUGCGCUCGUUAAUAUCAUAUCUGGCAAGCGGCAUGGGCGGCGUAGACGGUACACAGUUCCUGAAGCUGUCGAGCGCUCUGUUCUACGGUCUAUCGUCGUUCCUCAUCACGGUCGUUAAUAAGGCCGUCCUGACCAGUUAUCGGUUUCCCUCGUUUCUGGUGCUCAGCCUUGGUCAGCUCACAGCCAGCAUCGUAGUACUGUUCGUUGCCAAGCGACUCGGCAUCGUCAAGUAUCCAGAUUUCAGCCUCGACAUUGCGCGGCGGAUAUUCCCCCUGCCGUUGAUUUAUCUUGGCAACAUGAUGUUCGGACUGGGUGGAACACAAGCGCUCAGCCUUCCCAUGUUUGCGGCGCUUCGGCGAUUUUCCAUUCUUAUGACCAUGCUCCUCGAGCUUGCCGUGCUCGGUAUCCGGCCCUCGUUCUCAGUCAAAGUAAGCGUUGUGGCGAUGAUCGGCGGAGCUAUAUUGGCGGCGGUCGAUGAUCUGUCCUUCAACAUGCACGGCUACCUGUACGUGAUGAUCACUAACGCACUGUCGGCGGCCAACGGUGUGUACAUGAAGAAGAAACUCGACACAGCCGACAUGGGCAAGUACGGGCUCAUGUACUACAACUCGCUCUUCAUGAUGCUUCCCGCGAUCCUGGGCACGUGGCUAGUGGGCGAUCUCGAACGAGCCUGGCUGUACGAAGGAUGGGGUGAUCCACUGUUCCUCACUCAGUUCCUGCUUUCCUGCGUGAUGGGAUUCAUCCUGACCUACAGCAUCAUCCUGUGCACGCAGCACAACUCCGCCCUCACGACGACCAUCGUCGGUUGCCUCAAGAACAUCAGUGUCACCUACAUUGGCAUGUUUAUCAGUGACGAUUAUGUGUUUUCGUGGCUUAAUGCCAUCGGCCUGAACAUUAGCAUAGCGGGAAGCCUGCUCUACACCUACGUUACCUUUCGCAAAAAGUCGAGCGGCAGUUCCGAUGGCUCCACAACCGACAAAGAGCGUUUGCUUCCGGCUAGUGGUCGGAUUGAUAACGUUUGAGAUAGAUUUCC